UGAGUAAUUUCUUUUAUUUCAUCAUACAUUUCAUCACUUUCUUCGUCAUCUGCAGAGCUAGUUGGCAUAUAAACUUGUACUACUGUAGUAGGUGUGGGCUUCGUAUCUAUCUUGGCCACAAUAAUGCGUUCAUUAUGCUGUUUGUAGUAGCUUACUCGCAUUCCUAUUUUCCUAUUCAUUAUUAAACCUACUCCUACAUUACCCCUAUUUGAUUUUGUGUUUAUAACCCUGUAGUCACCUAACGAGAAGUCUUGUUCCUCCUGCCACCGAACCUCACUAUAUGUAACUUUAACCUAUCCAUUUCCCUUUUUAAAUUUUCUAACCUACCUGACCGAUUAAGGGAUCUGACAUUCCACGCUCCGAUCCGUAGAACGCCAGUUUUCUUUCUUCUGAUAACGACAUCCUCUUGAGUAGUCCCAGCCCGGAGACUCGAAUGGGGGACUAUUUUACCUCCGGAAUAUUUUACCCAAGAGGACGCCAUCAUCAUUUAAACAUACAGUAAAGCUGCAUGCCCUCGGGAAAAAUUACGGCCGUAGUUUCCCCUUGCUUUCAGCCGUUCGCAGUACCAUCACAGCAAGGCCGUUUUGGUUAUUGUUACAACGCCAGAUCAUUCAAUCAUCCAGACUGUUGCCCUUGCACCUACUGAGAAGGCUGCUGCCCCUCUUCAGGAACCACACGUUUGUCUGGCCUCUCAACAGAUACCCCUCCGUUGUGGUUGUACCUACGGUACGGCUAUCUGUAUCGCUGAGGCACGCAAGCCUCCCCACCAACGGCAAGGUCCAUGGUUCAUGGUUCAUGGCGGCGGGGGGGACUCCGAGGAUAUCGCCUUGGAAACAGUACGCCUUAAACCCAAGGUCUUUUAUAGGUACGUGGACGAUACGCUCGCGGUCUGGCCGCACGGCGAGGACAUUCUAAUGAAAUUUCUUAGCCAUCUGAACAGCAGACACGAGAACAUCAAGUUCAAAUGGAAUUUGAAGAGAAAUGGUACCUAACCUUCCUCGAUAUCCUGAUAAAGAAAAAACCGGACGCCACACUGGGACACUCAGUCUACCGAAAGAGACCACACACAGACCUGUACCUUAACGCCAACAGCUUCCAUUACCCAGCACAACGGUAAUCCGUGUGCACUACUCUUCUCCGAAUAGCUUAUGACAUAUGGUUCAAGGACAGUUUAUCUACUGAGAUUCAGCAUCCGAAGAAAACCUUCCAGAAGAAUGGAUACAUCGUAACGCAUAUUAGACGCACUCUCAAGAUGAGCAAGAAGAAGAAGGACCUUCAAGAAGAAGAGAACGAAGGUCUGUCGUUCCUACCAUACGCAGGGCCGCCCACGGCCAAGAUUGCCAGGAUACUGGAAAAGAACAAGGUAAGAACCAUCUUGCAUCCUACAGCAAACUUCAGAAAUAUGCUGGGCUCAAUGAAGGACAACUUGGGUCUAAGAACACCGGAUGUCUAGAGUAUUUCCUGUGAAUGUGGGAAACAAUAUAUCGGACAGACGCAGCGUUGCAUAACACAACGCAUCUCUGAAUAUGUGAGAAUCAUCGGCCUAGGACAAAAAGAAAAAUUCGCGGUAGCGGAGCACAGCCUGAGUGAGAAACACACGUUUCAGUUGGAAGAAACCAAGAGACUGUAGAGCGAAAGGAUUCUCGGACUAUUAUUGAAGAGGCAGUGGAGAUACGGGUCAGUGAAAACCUGGCCAAUUGGGAUAGUAGCUUCCCACUCAGCAGCGCGUGGAACAACAUUAUCAAUAAUGGGACGAGAGCGCACUGAAGGAGGCAGGUCGGUUGCGGCAGAUGGAAUGAAGAGGCCGCACCGAGACGAGACGCCAGGACACCACCACCACCACCACCACCACGCGCCAUAGCACCGAUUCCGCUCGCGCCUGAUUGGCCUGACAGGCGCCUAGGAUGCAGAGAAGGCCUUGGUCCAGAGGCUAUAAAGAUCCGGACGAGACGUGAACCAGACAGGAAUAAAACACUGCGCAUCUAGGGACUGAUUGUUAGACGCGACGCACUCCGCUGCUCGGCUCGCUGCGGGUCACUUCGUUACCGUCGCUCGCGCACGCCGACGCCAUGCCGAGACGCAGGAAUGGAGGAAGAGGCAAGAUUGCUGCUGUUGUUGUUGUUGAGCUCCUGCUAAACGCAGUCGGAAGCAACGGUUGCGGCAACACGAAGAAGCGGAAGCCUGUGGCACAAUUACAAUGCUAUAAGUGCCAAAAGCUGGGACAUAUAACCAGGGAAUGCGACGGCGUGGUUGCGGGUGAUAAGUGCGGGAAACCUCACGACACACAGUACCGCACCAAACCAAGAGGUACUGCAGCAGAGUGCGUAAAUUGCGGUGACUCGCACGCCGCAAACGCGUGCAGCUGCAGCUAUCUGAAGACGUGGGAGCAGCGGAAGUUUGCCACCACACACGAAGAGGUGGCUCAACAAGAAGAAAAUGUUGACACCCCGCUCUCCUACCCUAGUAGGGGAAGCGGGCUGCGCCACAAAAACGACGUGGACGCCUCCCGCCAAGCACUGCGGGAAGCCAACGAGGAGGCAAUCACCGCGCUCAAAUCCGCCAUAGCAGAGGAGAGUGCGGCCCUGAGAGCGGAACUAGAAGAGACGCGUCGGGAGGUGACUCAACUAAGGGCCGCCCUGUACCUCGCGUCCCGCGCGACGCCGGACGUGGCACCGACUCGCACCAGUACGGGGGUAGACGUGGCAACACAAACGACUGCCUCCCUGGCCGACGCGGCAAUGCAGGUUGCUAGGGAGGUGGUCAUGCAGUCUGGGGAAACGGCCGAUAACAAGGAGACGGCCCCUCGGAAGCAGUCGUCACUACUGUCUCUGUGGAAACAGAGACGAUACAGGAAGUGCGGAUGGAGACCGAGGGGGGAGGGGGAGGAGGAGGAGGAGGAGGAGGAGGACGAGGAGGUGGAGAAGGAGGAGGUGGAGAAGAAGAAGAACAAGACGACGACGAGCCGUUCGAUUACUUCGGUUGUGAAGUCAUCAAAGCCUACAGUACCAGACAAAAGGCAACCACACACACCACCUAUGCUGCCAUCGCAGCUGACAGAAGUAACACAAAUGUCGCAGCAACCAACGCCAACACCGUCCCAUCUUCUAAGGCCAACCCCCACCACCAAAGGCGUGCUUAGGUCAUUCCCCAUCGUCCAGCUCCACCCCCUCCGACCAUUGCUGCGCCUCAGCAGCACACAAUCAGUGCCGGAACGCCAACCACUCUGGCUGGGCAACCCAAGAUGCUCUAACAACUUCUGCAGCGCGGCGGCGGAACCCGACACUUUGCCUGAAGAUGGCUAG